GCUCCAGUAAAUCGCUCUGCAGCGGUGCGCUGCGGUGUAGUCCUGUGCGGAGAGCGCUCGUGGGCGCGGGAGGCGCGAGUCGCGCGGCUGUACUUCCUCUGUUCUAGCGAGAAGAACGCGGCGAAAGGCUGAGGGCGCGCGCGCGCGCGCGGGGGUCUCCCGGAGCAGUGAAGUCGGGCGAUUCACGCUGGGCGCCGAGUCAAUUCCGCGCGGGCUGGGGACGGAGAGGCGCGCUUCGUGGCUCUUUUUAUUAUUAUUUUCUUCCAGUAUGCCGUGCAGCUAUGGCAAGGAGGGGUAAGACAGUAGUGCGGACCCUGGAGGACCUGACUCUCGACUCGGGCUAUGGUGGUGCCGCAGACUCCUUCAGGUCGUCCAGCCUGUCGCUGUGCUGCUCGGAGACGCAUCUGCCGUACGCGCAUGGCGGCAACUGCUGGCAUCUGACCGACUCCAUGCACAGCCGCCACAACAGCCUGGACACGGUGAACACGGUGCUGGCCGAGGACACGGACAUCCUGGAGUGCUCCGGCCAGUGCGCCAAGCUGCCCGAGCUGGAGGACGUGCCCUGGAGCCUCGGCGAGCUGGAGAGCGCGCUGCGCAAGGACGAGGAGCUGCGCGCGGGCGCGCUGCUGCCGCGCGACGUGCUGGCCAAGCUGUCGGCGCUCGUGAGCCGCGCGCUGGUGCGGAUCGCGCGCGAGGCGCAGCGCCUGAGCCUGCGCUACGCCAAGUGCACCAAGUACGAGAUCCAGAGCGCGGCGCGCAUCGUGCUCUCGUGGACCAUCUCCGUGAACUGCAUCGCGGCGGCGCUCAGCGCGCUCUCCCUGUACAACAUGAGCACGGGCGACAAGUUCAGCCGCGGCAAGUCGGCGCGCUGCGGGCUCGUCUUCUCCGUCGGCAAGUUCUUCAGGUGGAUGGUGGACAGCCGCGUGGCGCUGCGCGUGCACGAGCACGCCGCCAUCUACCUGGCGGCGUGCCUCGAGAGCCUGUUUCGCGAGGUGGCGGCGCGCGUGCUGCGCAGCGGGCUCGUGGAGAAGGAGGAGGGCGGCGCGCCCAAGUUCACCGUGGAGUGCGUGGAGCAGGCCGUCGGCAACGAUUCGGAGCUGUGGGGUCUUGUGCAGCCCUACCAGCACCUCAUCUGCGGCAAGAAUUCCAGUGGAGUCCUCAGCCUGCCGGAGAGCCUGAACCUGCACCGAGACCAGCAGCGUGCCAGCAAGUCGGGCGAUGUGCACGUGUACAGCCAAUCGGAGCUGCGCACCAUCGAGCAGUCCCUGCUGGCCACCCGGGUUGGGAGCAUCGCCGAGCUCAGUGACCUAGUGUCCCGAGCAAUGCACCACCUGCAGCCCCUGCACAUCAGGAACCACAGCAACGGAACACCCAUGCACCAGAAGGCCGGCUGCGUGCACUGGGAACCCGAGGCUCUGUACACACUCUGCUACUUCAUGCACUGCCCCCAGAUGGAGUGGGAGAACCCCAACGUAGAGCCCUCCAAAGUGACCCUGCAGACAGAAAGGCCCUUCCUGGUACUGCCGCCCCUAAUGGAGUGGAUCCGUGUGGCGGUGGCUCAUGCCGAACACCGGCGCAGCUUCUCGGUGGACAGCGACGACGUGCGGCAGGCAGCGCGCCUCCUCCUCCCCGGGGUAGACUGCGAGCCGCGGCAGAUUAAGACGGACGACUGUUUCUGCGCCUCGCGGAAGCUGGAUGCUGCCUCGACCGAGGCCAAGUUCCUGCAGGACCUUGGCUUCCGCAUGCUUAACUGUGGCCGGACCGACUUGGUCAAGCAGGCGGUGAACCUCUUGGGUCCCGAUGGGAUCAACAGCAUGAGCGAGCAGGGUAUGACGCCGCUCAUGUACGCCUGUGUGCGGGGGGACGAGGCCAUGGUCCAGAUGCUGCUGGAUGCGGGAGCCGACAUCAACAGCGAGGUGCCAAACACAGUACACAAGUACCCCUCAGUUUACCCUGAAACGCGGCAGGGGACUCCUCUCACAUUCGCUGUGUUACACGGACACGUCCCUGUUGUGCAGCUGCUCCUGGAUGCCCGGGCCAAUGUGGAGGGCUCUCUGCAGGAUGGAGCGGAGAAUUACACCGAAACCCCACUGCAGCUGGCAUCUGCGGCAGGGAACUUUGAGCUGGUCAGCUUGCUGCUGGAGCGGGGAGCAGACCCCAUGAUCGGCACUGUGUCUCGCAACGGAAUCUCUGCCACCCCCCAAGGAGACAUGAACUCCUACAGCCUCGCCGCUGCACACGGGCACAGAAACGUCUUCCGCAAGCUCCUGUCCUACACAGACAAGGCCAAGGGAGACGUUCUGUCCCUGGAGGAGAUCCUAGCCGAGGGCUCGGAGCUGGGCGAGAAGCAGCCUCCUCAGCUGGAUUCGGCGCGCACGAGCAAGGCCCGCCUCAAGGCCCUGAGGGAGGCCAUGUACCACAGCGCAGAGCACGGCUACGUGGACAUCACCAUCGACAUCCGCAGCCUCGGCGUACCCUGGACCCUGCACACCUGGCUGGAGUCCCUGCGCACCUGCUUCUUGCAGAACCGCCGGCCGCUGAUCCAGGGCCUGUUGAAGGAGUUCACCUGUAUCGAGGAGGAGGAGUACACCGAGGAGCUCAUCACCCAUGGCCUGCCGCUCAUGUUUGAGAUCCUGCGGGCAAGCAAGAACGAGGUGAUCAGCCAGCAGCUGUCGGCCAUCUUCACCCACUGCUACGGACCGUACCCCAUCCCUAAGCUGACGGAGAUCAAGAAGAAGCAAACGUCCCGCUUAGAUCCACACUUCUUGAAUAAUAAGGAGAUGUCUGAUGUGACGUUCCUGGUUGAGGGGAAGCCGUUUUACGCCCACAAAGUCCUUCUCUUCACCGCCUCUCCUAGGUUUAAAUCACUGCUCUCCAACAGGCCUGCGGCAGAAAACACUUGUAUCGAAAUCAGCAACGUCAAGUACAAUAUAUUCCAGUUGGUUAUGCAGUACCUGUACUGUGGUGGGACAGAGUCUCUUCACAUCCGAAACACUGAGAUCAUGGAGCUUCUGUCUGCUGCCAAAUUCUUCCAGCUGGAUGCCCUGCAACGACACUGUGAGAUCAUCUGUUCCAAGAACAUCAAUACAGACACCUGCGUGGACAUUUACAAACACGCCAAGUUCCUGGGAGCCCCGGAGCUGUCUGCCUACAUUGAGGGUUACUUCCUGAAGAACAUGGUGGUCCUGAUUGAGACAGAGGCCUUCAAACAGCUGCUGUACGACAAGCCGGCGGAAAACUCGGCCACGAACGUACUGCAGGAUCUGGAGAAGACCCUGGCCACGCGCAUCCACUCCAUUCAUCUGUCAUCCUCCAAGGGCUCUAUCGUGUGACCGCCCCUCCGCCGGAACCCCAGAGCACACCUCUAACCCCUCCCCCCCCACCCAUCUCUUCCAAAGGUUCCUUGGCAUGAUGUUCCCUUAAACAUCAUCGCAACAUCCGCUUCUUCACGCUGCAUCCCCCCGAAGGCUGCGUCGCUCGCGGGUUCCCCGCCGCGUGCCGCCGGUCGUCCGGCUCACACGCGACCCGUUCCCGACAUCGCUGUGAACGUUGCUGUGAACGUUGCUGUGACAUCGAAUCCAUCCGGCGGUCCUGUUCUCAGGACUCCGUUAGGUGGGAGCUCCGGGGUCGACACGAUGAGCCACGCAAGGACGUAACCGUCGCGCUCCGUGGCGGCAGCCUCGUACGAGUAGAGGAGCGGUGCUGCACGUUAUAGAAGCUUUGUGCAGCUGUUGUGCGCGAAGGCCACGGCUCCCGCCUAAAUUACCCAAAAUGCCUCGGAUCUGCCCACACUGCGGGUGACACAUGUAUAGAAAUCAACUGGUAUCCAUUUGCUUCCUGGACCGGGAAUCUGUCUCGUUGUCGUGGAAAGUCCUGUAGACUGCACCUUCGCUGAACUGGAGUGUUGACAACAAACACUGAAGGGGGGGCAUUCCUUACGUUUCUCUUUUCUUCGUUCUGUUUUUGUCAUUUUUUUAGGCUACUGUUAUUGCGGUGUUUGGGUUUAGACCAGACUGAUAACUAGCAUAAAACAGCACUGGUUCGUAUUAAUCAAGGUCAUACGAUCUGAUGCAAUGACAUAAUGUACAUAAGGGAGCAGCCAUGGAGAAGCUCUAGGGCAACUAUAACGAGAUGUUCUAUAUAUUUUGUCCAACUGUGUAGAUGUAAGCUUUUUGUAUUGCUUGCCUUAAAACAUUCAUGGUGUAGGAGGACCAGUGCAUAGGUGAGCCUGUGGGGGAUCUAAGGGUCAAACGUUAAAUGUGCUGAGGGCAAAGUAAAUUUCAGCCGUGCUAAUGGUUGCACCUGCGGGGGGUCCCGAAUCGGACACGAGUGGUUUUUAAGCCGGCGUAUUAAAAUUUCCACUAUGCUAAUGGAUGUUCUUAAGGGGACCUGAGGUCAGGGGUGAAAGGUUAUACAGGUCAGCAAGUCAGAUUUGCAUUUUCGCUGUGCCAACGGCUAUCCCUCCAGAACGAGGGGAAGCGGUGGAUGGAAGCUGCUUUCGAAACCAAGUUCCUUCGGAGCCACCGGCGUGACGACCGUGUAGUGUGGGGCUGCCUAUAACUGGGACACAGCCGUAGCAUUAGAUGCAUGAUGCUCUCCCGCCGCGCUGCUGAUGCAUGUCAACACUUGUUCGGCCGGAUUCACCCUACAGCGCUCACACACACACUCCCCCCCGCACACACGCACACCGCUCACAUUCGCCACAGUGAGGCAGCGCUGGAGCGGGGGUGAAACGGCCGGGCGACUGCACGAUACACACUUUGCUCCUCUUGACUCUUCAGUAAGAGAAACGGCAGCUCCACUCACACUGCGAGCGACAUUGUGGCGCCGUUCCUCUUUCCAAACAGGGUACUGACAACCAAAAUACACAAGUUCUUAAACGUGUUGCGCUUUGCUGAUGAUGCCUGUUGCAGACAUUGGUGUUGCCUGUUUAAAUCUGCACUUCUGACGCUCACAUCCAUUGAAGCCGUUCGCUACGACUCCUCAACGCUAUAAACACACAUGGGAAUGUCGGUUGUGUGACUUGUACUCCAGAGCCCUUAUUAACCCCAUUACUGGUUUGUCUCCUCCACGAAAGUUUAGAAUCUCAAACUCCAUCAUCACUGGUUAUGGGAAACUUUAUAUACGUGGAAUCACAGCUUAUUUGCACCCCUACAGUAUUUUUCUAUUUGUUUGAGCUCCAUCCUUACAAGGAAGACAGAAAAGUCUAGGGAAACAGGUGUGUAAAUAUUUUGUGUAAAUCGGAGAUGAAAUGGUUGCUUUUCCUGUAAAUUGGAUGUGCGUGUGUGUGUGUGUGUGUGUGUGUGCGUGCGUGCGUGCGUGCGUGCGUGUGUGUCUGUGUCUACACACAUACACAUGUGCUUCUUGCUUCUGAACUGCAUUGCUUUCGUUGGCUAUAACUGUACAAUUGUUACUGUUUUAAGUGUAUAACUAAUGCAGAGUUGCAUGUUACACGUAUUAAUGUCUUUUAUUUCAUGUUUGUUUGUUCUGUGUCAUGCAGCCCUGACAUUAUAGGAACAUGGUGCGGUGUCCUCUGUAACAUAAUGAUUUUUGGGCCAUGUGGUCCUCGGUCUGCAGGUGUGUAUUUGGACAAAUGAGGUUGAAAGGUGUCUCAUCCUGAUGAUCAUUAAACAAUUGUGUCCCAUAUUUAUAUUCAUUGUAGAUAUAUGUAUAUUAUGUAUGAUUGAAAGCGUAUCUCGAGCAUAAUUGCGCUGUCCAAGCCGUGUGGACUGAACAAAAAUAAUCUGUGCAAGUAAAAGAGAUCCAGUAGAGGAUUACACACAUAAACACAUACAGAAACCACACACCUAAAUGAAAAUUCUGAGAUCAUCUACUGAAAUAUUAAAUUUGCAUUUACCCAGCUGCCCACUUCCGACUCCACCCACAUACAAACACUGUUGUACAUCACCAUCGAAUCCAUACCGGAGCUGUUUCUUCUGCUGUUGUGUAAAAUUACUUUGACAUUCCAAGACAGCGAUAACUGCAAUGCAUUCAAAUUCUAAUUAAGGCGCUUCUGUAAAAUGACGAUGAAAUACAGAACACUGCCGAACUGCAAGGUUUAUCGCGCUGAUAGUGGAGGGGUUGUCUCAGCCAUGAUCUCCAGAUGUCCUUUCUGAGCUCCAGAAAUUAUUUAUAUGAGCCACAUGUGUCAAGUUUUCUUGGUCAGUCCAUCCAUCCAUUCAUUCAUUCAUUCAUUCAUUCCCCCACCUCUCAUCAAUGUGUUUGUUUGCUUCAAGGUCACGGUAGCCCGGAGCCUAUCCUGGAAGCACAGGGUGGGAGGCACCACGUAGUUCAGUCAUUUAGAAUUAAUAUGUUCAGGUCACAGUCAUAAAGUAGGCGGUCAAGUUGCAUGUUGGUGUCCUGUAGAUGGUACAAUUUUAAGUAAAACCCCUGUAUCCAAGUACCAGAUUACGGUAGGUGAGGAAAUCGCAUGCUGAUGGUUUCCUGGAGAUACUGAACUGGAAACACAACCUGGCCAAACAUGUAUUUUGAGCUAAGUGACAAUAAUCACUGACGAUGCAAUAUUUUUAUUUGCAUGUAUUUUCUCAGUUGAUGCAAAGUCACCACAGGUGGGUCAUAGCUCAAUGUACUGAGUGAUGUACUUAAAUGUAAUAUGUGCAACUUAAUUAAACUGAAAUGAUUACUUUUUUAUUGUUAACAAUAAAAUGUAAAACUAAACCAGCACCCCAUGUCACACCUUAUCAGGUCUUCUAGCAGACAGACCAAUAUACAGUUGCGAGAAAACGUUCUGUGGACCCCUUGGAAUAACCUGAAUUUCUGCAUUAAUUACUCAUGAAAUGUGGUCUGAUCUUCAUCUGAGCCACAAUAACAGACAAACGCAGUCUGCCGAAAGCAAUAACACAUAAACAAAGGUGGUUCUUCUUGCCAAUAACUGAAUUCAUCAUUUAAAGAAUCACAGCACAGGCUGGAAGAGGUGUGUGGCUUUGACUUCUCUGAGGAGCAACUGGUGCUCUAAUCAAUGAGAUGAUGGGGGUGUAGAAUGGAGAUGCCCUGCACCGCACAUAAGGCACACAAAAGUUUCGUUACUGACAGUGUUUGCCCUUCUCAGGAAAGAUCCAUCAAUGCAAACCAUACCCCACUCAAAAAAUGUUACAAGAAGAAAUGUACAGAAACAUAAAGGAAAAAAAGGCAUCUGAAAAAGUAAUGUGUCCCCAACCUCACCUGGGUGCUUUUAUUCCCAAAAGAACAUCAUCAGAGCCAAAACAGAUGUGGAAAUCAUCUUGGUUUGCUGACAUAUACAGCAGAUAAAAAAGUUACUGCAGUUUGUUUAGAAAAGGUCCUCCAGUCGAAGUUGUGUAUUUGUGAGUCGAGGAUCCGGCGAAAUGUAUUGUAAAGCCACAGAUCUGUUCAGCAUCAGCCUCUUCCUACCCUAAGAGUGAUUUUAUCCGCCAACAAAACAACAUCAAAACCAAAAGAUAUUGUGUAAACAAUCUCAUCAUGUGAUGACAUCUCGUGGAUACAAAGUUACUGUAACAGGAAAGGUCACUUUCAUUUUCAGAGAAUUGCAGUACUCGCAUGUGUCCACUAGAGGGCCAUCGGGACCGAACAAAUAUCGUGGAAAUAAUAAAAUCCGUUUUCUGACAUCUAGUGGAUAAAGAGGGUAUUGCAACGUGUUUGGAAAAGACCAUUUUCAUUUUUAGGCAAUUGCAGUACUCGCAUGUGUCCACAGGAGGGCCGUCAGAGUGCAAACAGCUGCCAAAUUAGCGCAUUAACACAUUGUUGUACAGCCCAUUCACGUCUUUACUUAGUCUCUCCCAGAAUAACUAAUGCAGUAAAAAUAUGUUUUCAUAGAUGAGUAACAGUCCUCAUAACAUUUCAUCCAAAGCGAGCGGGAGAGCGUCAACCUUCCCCUGGGUGAGUCAAAACAGCAUAGAUACCCCUCAUCUCAGUGUAACACGGUGAAGUAUGUUUAUACUGGUGUAUUUAUGCAGUUCUCAUUUUUGGCCACAAGAUGGCAGCGAUUUGUUUCCUUUUGAAUUUGCCUCAACCCCUUAGGCAAUUUUCAAAUAAUAAUAAGUUCCACUGGCCUCAUUCAUAUCCACAUCCAUAAAUACACUGGUAACUAAUGAAGGAAAAACUCUGAGAAAAAGAUUAUUAAAGAAUAUGGUGAAAACCUCCCAUGAAGGAAAACAGGGUGUUGCGCUUACUGGUGCAAAUUCUACAGGUGCGUAACUGUGGUAGUGUUAGAGUUCUAUUUGGUAGUGUAGUGGUUUGAAACUAUUACCUUUGUAUCUGAAGGUUAUAGGUUCAA